UCCGCGUCCCCAACCUUGUCUUAAACCCGGGAGGGAGCAGAAGCAUAAGAGCGCAAAGUAGAAUUGAAAGCAGAAAAAAGCGCGGGAAUCGAAAUGGGAAGCAGUAGCAGGAAGAAGAACCAAGAUCUGGAGUUGGAGAAAGUUCGCUUAAUCAGUUUAGCCCUCGAAUUUGGCUUCGACGAAUCCUCCGCCAACAAAUGCCUCGACCGUCUCAUCGCUCUCUACGGCGAAGACGGUCGCGAUUUCAUCACCGUCGAGCACUGCGGCGACGAUUUUCUCGCGGCGCUGGCGGAGUCGAUGCAGACCGAGGAUUGGGAUGACCAGCAGGAAAUGGAGUCGCAAGCGUGUGGAACAUUGACGCACGUACUCGACAAAACCGUUGACACGUGUGCCGAUGCAGAUAAUGACGAUGCUUCGAGAAGCUUCUUCGUUGACAUUGUUGACGACUCGCCUCAACCGCAGAGACGCAAAGGCAAAAGCCACACUAAUGUAGUGGAGUUGGAUUCGAGUGACGACGAGGAUAUGCACUGUAGUGUUUCGAGGGAAAAACCUACGGAUUACAGAAGUGGCAUUACUCAAGGGUCAGUUUCAUCAACUUCCAGCAAAAUGCAAUCCUCCUUUGCAUCAAGGGAUACAAGCAGUAGUCCCACUUAUGAAGAAUUGCAAGCACUAGAUGAUAUUGAACUGGCCAAUGUUGUUAUCUUUGGUAAUAGGACGUUUCGACCAUUGCAGCAUCAAGCAUGUAAAGCAGCUUUGGCAAAGCAAGAUUCUUUUAUUCUUAUGCCUACUGGGGGCGGUAAAUCUCUUUGCUAUCAGCUUCCAGCUACUCUUCAACCAGGUGUUACAGUAGUUGUAUCUCCAUUACUUUCACUCAUUCAGGACCAGAUUAUAACACUAAACCUCAAGUUCGGAAUACCUUCUACUUUCUUAAAUUCUCAACAAACUGCUUCCCAGGUCACAGCUGUGCUCCAAGAGCUAAGAAAAGACAAACCAUCAUGCAAACUUUUGUAUGUGACACCUGAGAGAAUUGCUGGCAACCAAUCGUUUCUUGAGAUUCUAAAAUUCAUGCAUCAGAAGGGACAGCUAGCAGGUUUUGUUGUUGAUGAGGCACAUUGUGUUAGCCAAUGGGGACAUGAUUUUCGGCCUGAUUAUCGGGGAUUGGGAUCUCUUAAGCUACACUUUCCAGAUGUACCUGUCAUGGCAUUGACUGCCACUGCAACGCAUGCUGUUCGUGAGGACAUAUUGAAGGCUUUAAGAAUUCCCCAUGCACUUGUUCUUGAAAGAAGCUUUGACAGACCAAAUUUGAAAUAUGAAGUGAUUGCUAAGACAAAGGAGCCACUAAAGCAGCUAGGACAGUUACUAAUUGAUCGCUUCAGGAAUCAAUGUGGAAUUGUUUACUGCCUUUCAAAAAGUGAAUGUGUUGAGGUCUCCAAAUUUUUGAAUGAGAAAUGCAAGAUCAAAACAGUGUAUUAUCAUGCUGGCUUGGCUGCCCGACAGAGAGUAGCCGUUCAAAAAAAAUGGUAUGAUGGAGAGGUCCAUAUUGUAUGUGCAACUAUUGCUUUUGGAAUGGGGAUAGACAAACCUGAUGUUCGCUUUGUCAUUCACAAUACAAUGUCAAAAUCAAUCGAAAGCUAUUAUCAAGAAUCUGGAAGGGCUGGAAGAGAUAAUUUUCCUUCAGUUUGCAUUGCCCUAUACCAAAAGAAGGAUUUUAGUAGAGUUGUAUGCAUGAUAAGAAAUGGCCAAGGAUAUAAAAAGGAAAGUUUUAAGACAGCAAUGGCUCAAGCCAAAAAGAUGCAAGAGUACUGUGAAAUUAAGGCUGAAUGCCGGAGACAAACUUUACUCAAACAUUUUGGAGAAUCUUUUGAUAGAAAAGACUGCAAGUAUGGAUCUAGCCCCUGUGAUAACUGUCUCAAGAAUGUAUUGUGAGUUGUUGCACGAUCAAUAUCAAGUCUGGUACGCUCUAACCAACUCUCUGGACUUUGUGGAGCAGUACCUAUUGCGUUUUUGCCCUUGGGAUUUUAUCUUUAUGGUUUACCCGUGGAAAAGUCAAAAUCUCUUUCUAGGUCAUUAUUUUUCAGAUCUACAAAAAAGAGAAAUGUUUAUCCAAGAUGUACCAAAAUUUUGAAGGAAAAAAAUUGAUGGAACAAUAAAAAAGAAUUAAAUUCACACAAAAUUCUAAUCUUGGUAAACUGGAAAUUUCGUUCUAUAGCUUCUUUUUUGGCCAUGAUCUUAUUGGUCUAGAGUUAGCAAUGGUUCCUUCUAGUUCGUUGAAGUACAAGGACUGGAUAGUGGAUACAGCUUCACCUGGAACAGCUGGACCUCCUCUCCAUUUUUGAAGCGUCAAAUUUUUUAAGAACUUGAAAUAUUUUCUCGGUCAAUAUGGGAUGAUUUUGGGAACACAUUAUGCUAAUAAAGAGAUUGAUGGGGUUAUACAUUUUUAUAAUUUUAAUUUCUGUUUUUCAUUAGUUCAAUGCUGAAAAUAAGCAUGAUUCCAGUAAUACUGUCUGUUCAUGUUAAUUUCAUUCAACUUCUGAUC